AAAUUUUUCAGAUAGUAUUUGACAGUUCCAGUGAUUCUAUUUGUAUUGUAAUAAAUAUUGUAAAUUAUCAAAAAAAAUUUCUCUAAUUCUACAAGUUUCAAUGUAAAAUGAAUAGAUAAGUUUUAAGAGGUUAAACAUACAAGUGAAUGUGUGAUUCAUUACCAUUUUGAAACUGAAGAAUAUACAUGUCAUUGUAGAUUGUUGUAGUGCUCGCAGUUGAAAUGCAAACAAGGUGAAAGAGCGUACAUGAUGUUAAUAACCUGACAAAAGAGAAAGAGAGAGAAAAAAAAUGAGAGGAAUUAUGAAUGUUGUAAAGACACUCGUAGGGUUUCUCAAUGAGUAUGCCCGCGGUUUAACAUUUACUAUUAUUACACUCUUCUUGCUCUCUUACUGCCUUCAUCCUGACAGAUUUGCAGCUCACUAUAGUUUUAUUCAAACCAAAGAUAUUUAUAUUGAAAUGGAAAGAUCAUUUUUGCCUCGUGAUAAUUCUUGUGAUCUUAUUGUCACUGGUAAAACACAAUUACUUUAUCCGAAUGAACAUCCACGAGAAGAUCCUGCAGCUUUAGCGAGACGUUUAGAAAUUUUACCCGGUGGACAAUGGAAACCACAAAAUUGUCAUUCAUUAUUUAAUGUGGCAAUUAUUUUACCAUAUCGAAAUAGACCAACACAACUUGCAAUAUUUAUGAAUUUCAUUCAUCCAUUUCUUCAAUCACAAAAUUUAGACUAUAGAAUAUUUGUCAUUGAACAAAGUCCAACGAGGGAAUUUAAUAGAGCAAAAUUAUUUAAUGUCGGCUAUGUUGAGGCGACAAAAAUCAAUGACUUUCAUUGCUUCAUCUUCCAGGAUAUUGAUCUUAUUCCACAAAAUCCGGACAAUAUUUAUGCUUGCACAAAAAUGCCAAGACACAUGAGCUCUAGUGUUAAUACAUUUAGAUAUAAUUUGCCGUAUAAUGGAUUAUUUGGUGGUGCAAUUGCUUUAACUAGUAAACAAUUUAAAACGGCAAAUGGAUUUGCAAAUUUUUUUUACGGCUGGGGUGGGGAGGAUGAUGAUUUCUACGAAAGAUUGCAAAACAGAGGACUCACGAUUACAAGAUUCGGACCAGAUGUAGCUCAAUAUUAUAUGCUUACUCACAAAAAAGAAAAGCCAAGUGUUGCACGUUAUGAAAAUUUAGAAAGUGGAUCACGCAAAUACGACAGUGAUGGUCUUAAUAGUCUCGAAUAUAAAGUUCUUGAUCACGAGCUACGUCCCCUUUAUUUUUGGAUAUUAGCGGAUGUUUAAAAAGGUAGAUUUCAAUGUUGCUUCAGGCUCUGAACAUUUUAAAAUUAGUCGAAAAUUUUUCAUUCUUAAACUUAAAUAAGUUCUAAAAUAAAAAACAUUUCUUUCUUUAAAUGAAUAAUAAUAAUACUCUGAAUAAUAAGUAUUUACAUUCGUUAUCUAUUCUUAUUUAAAUACUUUUUAAAUGGCGAUAAACGAUAGUCGUUUAAUAUUGUUUAAGGUCAUAUAAAAAGUAACAAAAUUAAGCCUACAUUGUUCAGUAUUUUAGAAUAUUAAUGAAGAUUUAUUUAAGAUUGUGAAUUUAGUUAGUUUUUUAAUUAGUUUUCUUAAUUCUCCAUUUAUGUACAUAAAAUUGAAAUUAUACUAAUUUAUAUAAAACUAAGAAAUAAUA